AUAGUACCACGACCAACCGAUGACGGAGUAGUGCAUGUAAAAAAAUUUUACAUUACAAAAUUAUAUAUUCUCAGUUUGUAACAGCAUAGAGCAGCGUGUACGAUGUUUAGUUAGAAGAAGUGGUUAUUUAAUAAUCUUUUUUUAUUGUUAUACGCUUUUGUGUGGACAAGACAUGUGAUUUUUAUUGUAAAAAUAUUUGGCCGGGUCAGUUUUUUUUUUAAUUACAAAAUUUUUAUGUUAGAUUGUGUGAAAAAUUUAGUGGUUUUAUUCAUCAUUUUAUAAUAAUUCUGUUUUUUAAAUAUUCAGUUCUAUAGAUAACGAAUGAAAUAUGGACGCUGGAAACAAACGAGAAAAACAAGAGAAUCCUCGUGAAAGAUCGAAUCCUUUAUCGGCAAUAUUUUUUUUAUACACACUGCCAACAUUUUUUAAAGGAUUCAAACAUGAUUUGGAAGAGAACGAUCUGUAUCAACCAUUAAAAGAACAUAGAUCUGAUUAUUUGGGUGAUAAAUUAGCUUUGCUAUGGGAGAAAGAAUUACGUUUAGCUAGUGAAAAAAAACGACAUCCCAGUUUAGGGAAAGUUAUUGUAAAAUGUUUUGGUUGGCAAUUUGUGUGGCUGGGAAUUGUUUUGCUUAUAUUUGAAAUUGGAAUGAGAGUACCACAACCGAUAAUGUUGGGCCGUCUAAUACGAUAUUUUAGUCAAAAUGGUAUACAAGAAAUAAGUACUGGAAACAACAAUAUUACCGAACCAAUGCUUCAACCACUUGCCCUGGGAAAAUUAAUAUCAUACUUUGAAGCAACGCCAAAGGUUUCAGAACAAGAAGCAUACUUUUAUGCUGGAGGAGUCGUUGCUUGUUCAUUUUUUUAUGUGAUAUCAAUACAUCCUUAUAUGUUGGGGAUGUUACAUAUUGGUAUGAAGAUGCGAGUAGCUUGUUGUUCACUUAUUUAUCGAAAGGCACUUCGAUUAAGUAAAACAGCACUUGGUGAAACAACUGCUGGUCAAGUUGUAAAUUUAUUAUCAAACGAUGUCAAUCGGUUUGAUGUUGCCGUUUUAUUUUUACAAAUGUUAUGGGUGGGUCCAUUAGAAACAGUUAUAUGUACAUAUUUUAUGUAUCAAGAAAUUGGUGUAUCUGCAAUUGCUGGUGUAAUUGCACUAUUAUUAUUUAUUCCAUUACAAGCAUGGCUUGGUAAACGUACUUCAAUAUUACGAUUAAAAACAGCCUUACGAACCGAUGAAAGAGUACGUUUAAUGAAUGAGAUUAUAUCUGGAAUUCAAGUAAUUAAAAUGUAUACUUGGGAAAAACCAUUCGCUAAAUUAGUUUCCUUAGCAAGAAGAAAUGAAAUCAAACAAAUACGUUUGAAUUGUUACAUUCGUGGUGUAAUUGUCUCAUUUAUAAUGUUUACAACACGUAUAUCCAUAUUUACCAGUAUACUUGUAUACGUGCUACUGGGAAAUUAUAUAACAGCCGAACAAGUAUUCGUAUUAACGUCAUACUACAAUAUAUUACGUCAAACAAUGACCGUAUUUUUCCCACAAGGUAUUGCACAAUUUGCGGAAGCAAGAGUAUCAAUAAAACGUUUAGAAAAAUUUUUAUUAUAUGAUGAAACUGAAAUUGCCAAAGAAUUGUGGAGUGCUGAGAAUGAAAACAUAAAGAAAAUAAAACAAGCAGCGAAAGAAGCCAAAGAAUCGAAUAAAUUACAACGUUCGAAUCGCCGACGUAGCGAGAGUGUUACAGCUGAUAUUUAUAAAGCAAUUAGUGAAGAUGAUGAAGAAGAUCAUUCGGAUGCUGAAAAUGAAGAAAAACGAUUAUCACGACGAGUAGGUAAUGGUGACGUGCCAAAUGGCGUUAGUAACAAAGGUACCCCUGGUAUCGUAAUGACUAAUGGAUCCGCUAAAUGGACAGUUGACGCUGGUGAAAAUACAUUACAAAAUUUAAAUUUCACUGUUACACCCGGACGAUUGGUAGCUAUUAUUGGACCAGUUGGUAGCGGUAAAACCAGUUUAUUACAUGCAAUUCUUAAGGAAUUGCCAUUGAAUGAAGGUAAUUUAGUUGUAAAUGGUAAAGUAUCAUACGCUUCACAAGAACCGUGGUUAUUUGCUGGAACAGUAAGAUCAAACAUACUAUUUGGUGAACCAAUGGAUCGUAGACGUUAUCGUGAAGUAGUUAAACGUUGUGCCUUAGAACGUGAUUUUACAUUAUUGCCUUACGGAGAUAAAACAAUUGUUGGUGAACGUGGUGUGUCAUUAAGUGGUGGACAACGUGCUCGUAUUAAUUUAGCCCGAGCUGUUUAUCGUGAAGCUGAUAUAUAUUUAUUAGAUGAUCCAUUAUCGGCAGUCGAUACGCAUGUCGGAAAACAUUUAUUCGAGGAUUGUGUAAACUCAUAUUUACGUGAUAAAGUGUGUAUUUUAAUUACACAUCAAUUACAAUAUUUAAAAGAAGUGGAUCAAAUUCUCAUUUUAAAUAAUGGUUCAAUUGAGGCGGAAGGUAGUUUUGAUGAAUUGAAAGAUAGUGGAUUAGAUUUUGCAAAAUUAUUACAAGAAUCAAAAGAAGAAGAAGAAGAAACAACAGAAGUUGCGGCACCAUACUCAAGAACAAGACAAGGUUCAAUACAAAGUAUUGUAUCGUCAAUUGAAGAAAGUCGUGCAGAUGCACCAGCUGUUGUCGAAGAACAACGAGCUAGUGGUAGUGUCGAUGCUUCUGUAUAUAAAGCAUAUUUCGUAAAUGGUGGUAACUGUUGUGUAUUAACUGUAUUGGCUGGAUUAUUUUGUCUUGCACAAAUGGCCGCUAGUGGGGGUGAUUAUUUCAUUACAUAUUGGGUAAAUUUGGAAGAACAUCGAAACAUUACAGAAUCAGCAAAUUUAUUGAAACAAAAUAUUUCAACAACAACAUUUGCACCAUCAAUAAUUGAAAAUGCAACAACAAUACAACCAUUAAUAUUUGUAGAUAAAACACCACAGAAUGCAUCCACAACACCGCCAUUAAUUGAAAUGUUCACUGAUAGUAAAUUUUGGGAGCUAGAUAGAGAAAUGUGUAUAUAUAUUUAUACAAUAAUUACAAUAGCUACAAUUAUCGUAUCAUUAAUACGUUCAUUUUCAUUUUUCAACGUGUGCAUGAAUUCAUCAAUUAAUUUACAUGACGGAAUGUUUAAUAGCAUUACUCGAGCGACCAUGAGAUUCUUUAAUACGAAUUCUUCGGGACGUAUAUUGAAUCGAUUUUCAAAAGAUAUGGGUGCUAUUGAUGAAAUGUUACCAUAUGCUUUAGUCGAUUGUUUACAGAUUGGUUUGGCAUUACUUGGUAUAAUUAUAGUCAUAGCGAUAGUCAAUAUAUGGUUAUUACUGCCUACAAUUUUUGUUGGUUUUAUUUUCUAUUUACUUCGAAUUUUCUAUUUAUCAACAAGUCGUAGUGUUAAACGAUUAGAAGGAACUACAAGAAGUCCUGUUUUUGCUCAUUUAAAUGCUUCAUUACAAGGUUUAACUACAAUUCGUGCAUUUGAAGCAGAAAAAAUAUUAAUUUACGAAUUUGAUCGUCAUCAAGAUUUGCAUAGUGGCGCUUGGUAUUUAUUCAUUGCAACAUCACGUGCUUUUGGAUUUUGGUUGGAUCUUGUUUGUAUUAUUUACAUUGCUGUUGUUACAAUGAGCUUUUUGAUACUUGGAACAGAAACCUUUGGAGGAAAUGUUGGUUUGGCCAUAACGCAAAGUAUCAGUUUAACUGGCAUGUUCCAGUGGGGUAUGAGACAAUCAACUGAAUUAGAAAAUCAAAUGACAUCCGUUGAACGAGUAUUAGAAUAUCAAGAUUUAGAAAGUGAACCAGCAUUAGAGUCUGAGCCUGAUAGAAAACCGCCACCAAGUUGGCCAUCAAAAGGAGAAGUCGAAUUUCGUAAUGUAUAUUUACGUUACUCACCGAUGGACCCACCUGUAUUAAGACAUUUAAGUUUUCGAAUUUUACCAAAGCAAAAAGUUGGUAUUGUUGGUCGCACUGGUGCUGGAAAAUCGUCGUUAAUAAAUGCAUUAUUCCGAUUAACAGAUUUAGAAGGUGAAAUUCUCUUGGAUGGAAUUGAUACGCAAUCAUUAGGAUUACAUGAUUUACGAUCAAAAAUUUCAAUUAUUCCACAAGAACCAGUGUUAUUCUCUGGUACAAUGCGCAAAAAUUUAGACCCAUUUGAUGAAUAUUCUGAUGAUGUUUUAUGGCGUGCCCUCGAAGAAGUUGAAUUAAAAGAAGCUGUUGCUGAAUUAGCAGCUGGAUUGAAUAGCAAAAUGUCAGAAGGAGGUACAAAUUUCAGUGUUGGGCAACGACAACUUGUAUGUUUGGCACGUGCAAUUGUACGAAAUAAUAAAGUGCUUGUAUUAGAUGAAGCAACCGCAAAUGUUGAUCCCCAAACUGACAGUUUAAUUCAAACAACAAUUAGAAAGAAGUUUGCACAGUGUACGGUAUUAACAAUCGCACAUCGUUUGUACACUGUUAUGGAUUCAGAUCGUGUAUUAGUUAUGGAUGCUGGAACAAUGGUAGAAUUUGAUCAUCCACAUCACUUGUUACAAAAUAAAAAUGGUGUUCUUACUGGUAUGGUCAAUCAAACUGGUAAAGCGAUGGCUGAAGCUUUAAAUACUAUUGCAGAACAAGCUUUCCGAAAACAACAACGCAGAUUGUCGGAGCAAAGUAUAUAAUCAACAAAAACAGACUUAAAUUUUUUCUCAAUCAAAAUAAUUUUAUUUUUAAAUUGAAAGGAAAAAGAUUUUCAUAGAUAUUGUUUCGGUGGCACGGUUCCUUUAACGGAUAAAUUGAUAAUAAUAUUAUCAUUAGUAUUUUAUUAUUAUUAUUUUAAUCAUAAUGAUAAUAAUCAUUUUACAUUUUAUCGGUUGAAGAAACAGUGUCUUCAAUAAGUUGAAAAUGACAUAGGAAGUAAUCUAUCGCAGCGAGACACAAGAUAAUCGAUAAUUGUGUGUGAAUCACAGAUUCUUGGGUACAUUUUUUAUUUUAUGCCUGUGUUCUAAGAUGCAUUACGUACUGGAUAAAACCAAUCGCAUUGCUUUUUCUGACUGAAAAAGACAGAAGUAGAAUGCAGAGCUCUUUCUGAAUAUGCAUAUUGACGUUUAUCAAUGAAAAAUCAAAGACUAUUUAUUAUCCAACUAUCUAAGACAACAAACCACUACAAAUCGCUAUUGGAGAGGAAACAUUUCAAAUGGAGGAGAAAAAUAGUUCAAACUAAAACGAUCAUGAAAGACUGAAAUUUACCGCGAGAAAACUCCACUUGAAAAGGAUAAUUGGGAGAAACUACAUAAACUGAAACGGUCAAUAAUAAUUGAAACAAGGAAAAAUCAAUGCUGUUUGCUCAAUUGAAUCACUUGUCACGGCGGCAGAUAAUGGAUAACUAUUUACGUGACGUUCUGUCAGAUAUAGUUGCUUCCUGGGAUAGACCGCUCUUCGUAGACUUUAAUCUUAAACCUAUGUUUUAUUUCAAUAUUUAUAAUCAAUUUCGUUAAGUAACGACGCGAUCACAUGCAUAAAGAAUCUUUACUUAAAAUCAUCUCAUAGCAUUUUAAUUUAAUUUUAUACGAGACAAAGAAUUAUGU